UCCCCGCGCCUUCCCUUCUGCCACUUCGGCGAAGGCUGCAGAGGCGCAGCGGGGGCGCGAAGGGUGCCGCCGCUGCGGCCUGGGCCUGAAACAAGAUGGCGGCCCCGGGCGAGUACUUCAGUGUGGGCAGCCAGGUGUCGUGCCGGACUUGCCAGGAGCAGCGGCUGCAAGGCGAGGUGGUGGCUUUUGAUUACCCCAGCAAGAUGUUGGCGCUCAAAUGCCCUUCCUCAAGUGGUAAACCUAACCAUGCAGAUAUCUUGCUUAUAAAUUUACAGUAUGUAUCAGAAGUGAACAUAAUUAAUGACCGCACAGAAACACCCCCACCUUUAGCUUCACUCAAUGUUAGCAAGCUUGCAAACAAAGCACGGACUGAGAAGGAAGAAAAGCUGAGCCAAGCGUAUGCAAUUAGUGCUGGGGUCUCUUUGGAAGGACAGCAACUAUUCCAGACUAUACACAAGACUAUUAAAGAGUGUAAAUGGCAAGAGAAGAAUAUAGUUGUGAUGGAAGAAGUUGUCAUUGCCCCUCCAUACCAGGUGGAAAACUGUAAAGGCAAAGAAGGGAGCGCCCUAAGUCAUGUACGCAAAAUAGUCGAGAAACAUUUUAGAGAUGUCGAAAGCCAAAAGGUGAUGCAGCGUUCACAAGUCCAGCCAACACAGAAGGAAAGCGCCCUCUCAUCCUGAGUCCCGCCUGCCCUUCCUGGUUGCGACAGAUUGCUCCUGCGGGGGGUGGGGGUGGGGGGAAACCCUUCGAACACGCAGCAGCAGAUGACACAGACUUCUUCAAAAGAGGUCAGGGGAGGGCAGGGGGGAUCCACUUCUAUGUCGUGGCUACCCUGUAAUGAUGGGACCCACAGCUUCUGAACUUUAGACUUCAAAGACAAAAACAAGAGAAUAAUUUAAAAACUCAUUCAUUACUUGACUAACAGACUCUUUACUUUUUGCCCACCAGGUUUCCCCCCUAGAACAGUCAGCUGUCUUGUAUUUGAGGUUUUUCUCCCUCCCAGAUUUUUUUUCUGCUUUACUGAAAUCAAUUCCAUGCGACCCCUGUUCCUGCUGUAUGCUAGGAGAAUUCAGCUCCCUAGUUGUCCUAUUAAAAAGAAAAAAGAAUAGAGGAAACAGAAAGUAAUGAGCUGACUGUGGUGAUGUAAUUGGGACUUUUCUGUGACUGGCGAUCUCAUUUUGGUUUUUGUUUGCACAGGGCAAGGCUUGAAUUAGCCUUAUUUUUCUUAUCUCGAAAUAUAUAUAUAAUAAAUAUAUAUAUAUAUAAAAUAUCCUUUAAAUAUUUUUCUGCUUCUUGCAGUACUCAGAAUUGGGAUCAUGGCAGAAAAAAAAAAUCCAUGCUUGUUAACAAUCAAGCCUUCUGCAGUUGGUAUUUUUAGGUAUAAUUCAGAAGAUCAGAUGUCUGCUGAAGCUUGGACUUCAGUGGGCCACACCCUAUUGAAAAUGCAUACCUAGGGUACAAGGUUCUCCCAUUUGGUCUUUCCACAAGUUUUAUCUUGUACAUUAUAUUGCCACAAAUCUGAGCUCUGCUAAUACCACUGGAUUAGAAACUGCUAACCAACACUACAGAUCAUACUGUUAGAAUCAUUCUAACUUCAGAGGCAUGAAAACUAGAUUUCAUAGCUUCCUCUUGGUCAUGUACUGUUCUACUGACCACAGCAAAGCACACCAGGAUUUUCUGUAGUAAGGGUUGCUCGGGUGAAACAUAGGAGGAACAAUCUGUAUAUUGUCCGUAGUGACCUAGCUGGGGCUGGGGAGGGGCAUGAAGGUUUGGGCUGAAUUCACAUAUGAUUGUGCUCAGUCCUGCAUUGGCCUUUUGUCCAUGGAAAUAAAGCAUCUGAACUGGCAGGAUAAUAGAACAGCCUCAGUGGGAUUUUCCCCUGCAGCAUAGUAAAAGCAUCCUUCCAGUGGCGUACAGCUGUGUCCAUGGGCAUCUGCAGGGGGGCAAAGAAGCAAAUAACGUGUGUGUUCUGGUACAAAUGAUGCACCUCGUGUACCUGUAUAAGAUGUCAUGAUGCAAGUAUAUCAUCUGUAUGUCACAUGACAUGUUUUGACAUCAUGGCUUAUUAUGGAUAGUGCUGUCUGCAUAACUCUUAAAAGGACAGGUUACUUCAGCUUCUCUGUUUGAAUAUGUUGGAGAUCAGAGGCAGUAGCUGUAGUUCUGGGAAUCCAAGCAUAAUAUAAUAAAAUAAUCUCCUGGCGGGGGGGGGCUAUAGGGUCACUUGGAGACACUGGCCAAAAAGUAGUAUUCCUGUCCAUAACUCUGCUGUACAGCUCUCAACUAAAUUGUCAAAAUGUUCAGCAUUUGUAUGAUUUGCUUCUCCUGGACUUGCUGCUCUCAGGGUCCUUGAUAAGUAUCCUUGGUUUGGAAAUACAUUUUUGGCAGAUAUAUGGGAUAUAAAGUUAAACUUAACAGAGGAUGGGGGGUUGUGGUUGGGUUGGUUUUUUUUUUUUUUUUUU